GCUCCAUGCUGCACCGCUCAGAGUCCUUCCUGUUUUAGAAAUUUCAAGGAAGCAGCAGCAACUGGAGUCAGGCGCAAAACACUGAUGGAUUCGUCUCUGUGAUCUUUGGGAGGGGAAGACCCAUGCUCUCUCACCUUUGUGCUGCCACACCAGCCGUGUACAUACUGUGGAUCGCCAUGGCCCAGGUUGCUGGCCAGGAAGACAGAGAGAAAACUACCGCGCUCAAAGAUUUGCUGUCAAGAAUAGACUUAGAUGAACUUAUGAAGAAAGAUGAACCUCCUUUCACUUUCCCCAAAACACUGGAGGAGUUUGAAUACACCUUCAAUGAAUAUGGCCAGCUCAGACAUAUAAAAACGGGUAAACCCUUUGUGUUCAAUGCCAGAGAGGAUCUCCACCGCUGGAACCAGAAACGCUAUGAAGCUCUUGGAGAGAUCAUCACUCAGUAUGUUUAUGAGCUGUUGGAGAAAAAGUGCAACAUGACUAAAGCAAUCCUGCCAGUCGAUGCUACAGAAGAUGAACCCACCAGUUUUAUCUACCUGAGCCCAGAUGCCUUGUCCAACCCAUCCAAGCUGCUGGUGCUGAUCCAGGGUAGUGGCGUGGUGCGUGCCGGUCAGUGGGCCCGUAGACUAAUCAUCAAUCAGGACCUGGACUCAGGGACACAGAUUCCCUUCAUUAACAAAGCCAUGGAGGAAGGCUAUGGUGUGAUGGUGCUCAACCCCAACGAGAACUAUUUGGAAGUGGAAAAGCCAGCAAAGUUCUCUCCCCUGCCCUCUCCUACGGAGCCCUCGGACGAACCCGCUGAAAAGAGGGAGCGCAAAGACGAUAAAGAGGGCAAAAAGAAGAGAGAGUUUUAUGAGAAAUAUCGUAACCCACAGAAGGAGACAGAGACCGAACGGAUUCCCAUACGGGAAAACGGCUCCUCCGAGGAACACGUGCUGUACGUGUGGGACCACUUUGUGUCCAAAGCCGCAGCCAAAAAUGUCUUCAUCGUGGCCCACAGCUAUGGAGGGCUGUCUUUCGUUGAGCUGAUGAAUCAGAGAGAAAUGCAAGUAAAGAACAGAGUGUGUGCGGUGGCUCUGACUGACUCUGCUCACAACAUCUGGCUACAGGAGACCAGCAAAGGCACACAGGACUGGAUGCAGCAGCACUGUUGUAACUGGGUAUCGAGUCCAGAGCCCUUGGACACACCGCUGGAUCCCAUGCUGCCAGAUUGCCCCAGAGUCUCUGCAGGCACAGAGAGACAUGAGCUGACCUCCUGGAUGAGUUUCACCUCCAUCUUCAGGUUCUUCAGUGAGGUCCUGGAGGCGAAAGAAGACGAGGAGGCGGAGGAGACCUCCAACACCGUCACCACUCGCAGCAGCUCCCUCAAAAACAAACACCAAGAUUUGUAGACAACCAUCAACAGUGACUUGGAACUGGAGGAGAUGUGGGGUGGGGUGUGGGGGGGUGGCGAGGGAUCAGAGGUGGGGUGCAAAAAGGGUCCUAUCUGCUAUUUUUUCUUUCCUCGCUCUCUGUCUCUGUAACCUCCCACCAGCUCUCCUUUCCCACUCUUUUCCCCGAGUGUCAUUUCUCCCUUCCAGCCCUCCCUGGUUUUUGCACACACAUAGCCUUCUUGUUGUAAGAGACAAGAGUACAGGGUCACCGUGUAUACAUCACAAUAACGUUUUGCAUUACUUCUAGUUGAGCGCAACUGUCAAAGCAAUAUGGGCCUGAGUGUUAGCGCUUCCCGUGGGCUGUGGCCUGGCUGCGGGUACGGGCCACAGCAGCAGAGAUUAAGGCUGACAGGCGCUGUGCACAAUGCGCUGUGGUGCACCUCUAAUUGUCCUGACAUCAGCCUGAACUGAGCUAAUGCCCCGCCUGCCCUCCAGUCUGCACUGCUCAGCCUCUCCCUCCUCUCCCUCUUCCCCCCCGGUCCUAACGCCUGGACUGCUUACCCUGAAAUUAGCUCAUGUGGUACGGUAUGUUCUGGUGAGAUUCGGUAUCAUUUCAAUCCGGCUAAUGCCCAUGUUUUUUUCAUUUCUUUUAGUUUUCUAAUUUUAUUUUUUUUUUAUGCCAUACACACUACAAAUUUUAAUACGACUGAACACCCUUCACUAGUGAUCAUUUGUUUUAACAAAGGGUGUUGUUUUUAGGACUUUUCUUUAUUAUCUGACUCCUCCACACACAUGCACACAAUCGGCUUUUAAGUCUGACUUUUCUCAUUUAGCUCUGUGAAGAACAUGGCGCUAACCCGUGCCAUGUGUUUCUGGAAUUGCAGUUCUUAUAAUAAGAGAGAUUUUUUAGUUUGUUUGUUUUUCAACUUUGAGCUAAAUUUGAAGGCAGUGUCUCAUACACACAUUCAGACUAUGUUAUUUUUAAUAUUAAACCAAUAUCUCUCAGAGCAAGUAAGUGAGUGUUUACUUUCGUACAUCUAUGGGUUUGAUUUGCAAAAGUGUGGAGAGUUCAUUUCUCUGUUUAUUAUAAAUAUAUAUCUUUUUUUCCCUUGUUUUUUUUUUUCCAGUGUGAUAUCCUUGAAAUUGAUGUCUCUGGAUGAUUGAAUGCGAUGAAACAAAUAAAACAAACACAACCUGUUCUGAAUAUGGAAAAUUCAGGACACUGAGCAUAUUUAAAAUCACUUAAAGUCAAGCAUCAAAAUGGGUUUGAGGGAUAUCUCAUUUUAACAGGAGCCAGAAGUCAGCUCACAACACUCAUAAAACCUCAAUAUAUCGCCUUACACAUGUCAGGAAAUCCAAGAUUUCAAUAUUAUUCUAAGCCGGAAUGAUAUUUCCUUAGAUGUUGGAGAAAUGUAACAUAUCCAUUUUUUUUUUUUCUUUCAACCAAAGUACUCUCCUUGUGUACUUAGAAGUGACAAAGUUAGCUCGAUGCUCAGCUGCACAUAAUCUGACUAUGUGACACAAACAUGGUAAUUUUUUUUCCAUAAAGCUGAUAUGUUUUAUAAACCACUCGAGGCUUAACGGAAUACAUUUCUAAUGUGUCAUGACAUUAGUAAAAACUCAAACUGGAUACUAAGUCUUAUGAUACCUUAGAAACGUUCUUAAAUAUAUUCUCUCCUUCUUCUUUUUUUUUUCCUUCAAACAGUUACCAUUGUUAAACUUGUACACUGUGAAAUCCUGCCUCUUCUGCCCACUGUGUGUAUGGUUUAAGGCUUUUGUGGAUUAUCUUUCUGCUGUAAUCAGACAAGUGUGCCUGAUGGUUGCAGGCCUAAUUUCCUUUUAAUUUGAUUCAGAUCUCUCCAGGUUUCAGCAAAGAAGUUGGCUUAUUAUUUGAUUUGAUGAGUUUCAUUUCAAGAUACCAUUGCUCAUCUUUCUGCUUUUCAGCUACAAUCAGUUCAUUUUUCACUCUACAAUUUGUAUAUUGUUGCCUUAGGAAUAAACAAGACUCUGCUCACUGUUUUUAAUAAUAUCCAGCAAGCCAUAUGUGAACAGAACUAACGAUGUAAGAGCAGCCUAAAUCCAAAGCACAGUCUGCAAAUAAAAGGGGACUAUUUUUGCCAAUUGCUCUUGAAGACGUUAUUUUUUGCAGAUGGUUUAUUUGUUGUAAUGGUUUAAGAAACAUGCCUAUUUUGUUUUAUCACAGCACAAGCUUUUCUGGUUUAUUCAAAGUAUCCUGCCAGGUCACAUAUUUUGCUUAUAUUCUCACAUGUUUUUCUCCUUCUCUUUUGAUCCAUUUCGGGUUUUAAACGACUGUCUUUAAAAAUGAUUUUUUAACGCUUCUGCAGCACAGUAAUUACUUUAACAUGAUUUCAUUUUUUGUAAUCAACCCAUUAAAGCAAAUAAAACGAA